UUCGCGAGAUUCAAUUCAAGAUGGCUGCGCCCAUGGAUGCGUAACUAUUUUUCGACUUUUAUUUCGGUAGAGUCUGAUCAUACUUUAUUUGUGUUUUAUGAAUUAAACACGCAACACUAGAACUGCAGUCCGUUGGAUUAUGUGUUGUGUCUUUCCAGAUCUGACUGAAGUUUAAGCAUUUUGAUGUAAGCAUAUUGCUGGCAAACAAAAGCAGAAAAAUGGUGUUUCAAGGAUUCUUACAAUUUAUCCGGAGACCAAGGAAUGUAGUUAUCUUCAGUGGUGCGGUGGCAACUGGUGUAUUCUGCAUCAAGUUAGCACCCCAUGCCUUUCCUUCCAAAGUCUACCGGCCCCUUGUUGAGGCCUACAAGGGAGGUCAUAAGAUUGCUCCAACUGAAUCACAACUGAGUGAAUUCCACAAAGUGUGUCAAGACAUUGGAGUCAAUCCAGGAUCUUACAGUGUCUUUGUUACAAGCAGGUGGGAAAUUAGAAGUCGUGGUUUGGCAUGGCUGCCAAAUGGUGUCCAGUUUGGAAUACCAGCUAUUCUGAAGGAUAACCCAGACCUUUCUGCCAAGCGCUUCUCCGAUCCAAUCAAGACCACUGCAGACUCGGAGGAGGGGAGGGCCUUCAGAAAUUCCUUGAACUUGAGUGAGAGCGCCAGAAAGUUCAGCCUUGCGAGGGAGGUCAUUAAAAUCAAGCGUAAUGCCACAGCAUCGUCAGUUGUAUUGGCUCCUGUGGUCACAUUAGCCAACUUUGCUGGUGUCUUUGCAGCUCAAGUCCUCUUUCCUCUGCCGUUAUAUGCCAAUGUUGCUUUGGUCGGCACUUGUUUUGUCAUGAUCUACCAGUUUCUGAUGGGAGUUGUCAACGAGAGGGAGGAUCUGAUUACAGAUGACAAGGUGGCAGAGCUCGGGGAGGAGUACGUAAGGGGCGGUGUGGAGUUUUACGAGAAGAAGAUACAGAAGAAUAUCGCUCUGCGCAAAAUCAUGGGACGGAGAGGAGAACAGAUGUACACAUAUUACGGGAACGAGGUCCCUGGUUGGAUCUAUUCUGCAGGGGCUAGUAAUACUCAGGAACGAGACAGGUUGAAGAAAAGGCUGGAAGAAAUGGAGAGAAAGGGAGCUCCCAGCUGAAGCCGAGUGCCUGCUAAGCAUGCUGGGGAGGGCAUGCAAACUGGACCUUGCUAGCACCGCCCAUUAUUACAACAUUCAGUUCAGUUGGCACGUUCAUUUGUAAAGCUCUGAGCACAUACAGUGCAUCGCAUUGAAAUAUCACCAUUCUUCUAAAAUUUCUUGAGUUUUUAGUAUCAAUCAGGAAUGGUGCUCAAUUCCUAGCAUUCGGAAGGAUUUUAGGGGUUCAAACGGUCAUGGGAAAAUCCUAGGAAAAAUUUUUUUUGUGUGUGUGAAAAGUCAUGAAAAAUUGGGGAAAGAAUAGGGUGUCCCCGAAUCCUGUUGUCAAAAGCAGAAAAAAAAAGGAUCGUGGAAAUGGAAAUCAGUCAAGGGUUAUCCACGCAUGUGAUAUGCCACUUUUGGUUUGGUAGUAGAAAAAUGAUAAAUGUACAGCCUGUAUUCAUGGCAGUCUUCCAGUUUUCUGGAAAAUGGCCCUAAAUAUCAUGGAAAUUGUCAUAUUUUGGUCCUUAAGAUCCUUGAAAGAGUAACAGAAUUUCAGAUAUUUGCAGGAACUCUGGAUUCUAGUCCAGCAGGUCUAAUCAGUGAACAUAAUGACACUUUUAUUAAAUAGAGUCAUAAGACAGCUCAUCAUGUUUCCUCUGUUUAUGUACAAAAUCAUUUUAUUUCUGUCCAUUUAUACAUUGGCAGUAGCAGUUAUUCUGUAUGGUACAUUCGCGGCCUAAUUACCUCCACAAACGUAUGUACAUUCACACUAUUAUUUUCCGAGAGAAAAAAAGAAAAAGACCAAGCUUUGUCACGAGUAAAAUAAAAUGUAAGGCUCUGUUUACAGCACAGCAGUUUACGCAAUAUGUUAAAUUUAUUCACAUUUGAUUUAAAAAACUCGGCGUGAAAAGGGGGAGUUUUGAGAAAACACUUCACAGUGCUCAGUCUGUGUUUUCAAAUAUUUAGCUGAGGGUCUCUUCACUUCUUCCAAACUUUGAAAUAAACAUUUUUAAGAUCUUGCAAGACUCCAGAAGGUAAGAGAGUAAGUUGAGGUUGGUUAAUACAUCUAUCUAAAUGGUGUAGCUAAUUCAGUGCAAGUUGUUAUUUACUGCUGUUCUUUGUGGGAUUUCUAAACGUUUUGAAGAAUUAGAGUCGAUCUAUUUCAAAGUACAUUUUUCUAAUUUGUGGGUCUUUUCAGUAACAGCAAAUCCAACGUCGCAAGCAGCACAAACUUUUGAUGUUGGAUCAAAAUUAAUGAAAGGGUAGUAGAACCUGAAAUAUAUUUCCAUCUGAAAAGUCUGUCUUUUUGAACAACUUCAGGAAAGUUUAAAUCACGUAGCUAUGGCAACCAUUAAUUCACCCUCUGGGACAGGAACCAUACGUUUGUUUAAAUUAAGACACUGGUCCCUUUUAGGGUAUUUAUCAAAAUCAAGGAAAGACUUGGUUAAAUAAAGAAAAAAGUUCAAAAACUACAACAUUAAUGAGUGCAUGAUGAAAAAAAAAUUGCACUAUAAAUAUACUACUGAUCUAUCUGCAGCAGCAUCAAGAAUACACAACUUGUUUUUUUUACUUUAGCAAACUUUUUUCUUACACUUUGUAUGAAAUUAAAUAAUGUUCAGGCUUUUUGAAAAAUUUUACAUGCAUGUUUACGUAUAAAACACAAGACAAAAGCCCACUAUGCAAAAAUACACAAAAUAUUUAUUAAAUAGGCACUCUCCAGGUUCAAACAAUUGGUAAAACCAGAACUGCAAGAUGCCAUUUGGUGGAAAGCCUAUGCACUUUACGCAUCCCAGUGUUAGAAAGAUUUCUCCUGUAGCCAGGUGUGUUAUGAUCAUCGAGGAAGUAGAAAAGAAUGCAAUUUCACAGAUAACAAUUCAGAUGGGGAAAAAGAGGCAUCUGAAACUGAUGUUGAAGCCCAUUCUUUUCAGCUAGGAUGUUACA